CUCUCUCUCUCUCUCUCUCUCGAUCGACAGUGGGAGGAAGAAAAAUGGAAAUGAAUGUUUUUCUUCUAUUCCUCUUGCCUCUCCUAGCUCCAAGAUUCACAUUUUCUUCACCAGUUCCAGACCCUGAGCUAGUAGUACAAGAAGUGAACGAGAGGAUCAAUAAUGCAUCUAGGAGGAGUUUGGGCUUUCUCUCUUGUGGAACCGGCAACCCUAUUGACGAUUGCUGGAGGUGCGACCCCAAUUGGGAGAAGAACCGGCAAAGCCUAGCCGAUUGCGCUAUUGGGUUUGGCAAGCAUGCCGUAGGUGGAAGAGAUGGUCAAAUAUACGUGGUCACAGACUCGGGCGAUGACGCCGUUAACCCGAAACCAGGAACUCUAAGAUAUGGUGUUAUCCAAGAUGAACCUCUAUGGAUCAUUUUUCAACGCGACAUGGUGAUCAAAUUGAAGGAAGAACUCAUGAUGAAUUCCUUCAAGACAAUCGACGGUCGAGGUGCAAGUGUCCACAUUGCUGGUGGACCAUGCAUUACGAUACAAUAUGUGACCAACAUCAUCAUUCAUGGUCUAAAUAUCCAUGACUGCAAGCAAGGAGGGAAUGCAAAUGUGAGAGACUCACCUAACCAUUAUGGCUGGAGAACUAUAUCGGACGGCGAUGGGGUGUCGAUUUUUGGAGGAAGCCAUGUUUGGGUGGAUCACUGCUCUUUAUCUAAUUGCAAUGAUGGCCUUAUUGAUGCCAUUCAUGGAUCAACAGCCAUAACCAUCUCAAACAAUUACAUGACACACCAUAAUAAGGUCAUGCUUCUUGGUCACAGUGAUACUUACACACAGGACAAGAACAUGCAAGUCACCAUAGCCUUCAACCAUUUUGGAGAAGGGCUUGUGCAAAGGAUGCCAAGGUGUAGACAUGGAUAUUUUCAUGUGGUGAAUAAUGACUAUACCCAUUGGGAAAUGUAUGCACUUGGUGGCAGUGCUGCUCCUACUAUCAACAGCCAAGGCAACAGAUUUUUGGCCCCCAAUGACAGAUUCAAUAAAGAGGUUACCAAACAUGAGGUUGCACCAGAAUCUGAAUGGAAGAAAUGGAACUGGAGAUCAGAAGGAGACCAAAUGUUGAAUGGUGCCUUCUUCACUGCUACAGGGGCAGGAGCUUCUUCGAGUUAUGCAAGGGCCUCGAGCUUGGGUGCGAGACCUUCUUCCCUCGUGGGCUCAAUCACCAUUGGAGCAGGAGCACUUGGCUGCAAGAAGGGUUCACGUUGCUGAUCAAUGGCUUUGCCAGGGAUGGGAUACCACAAUUAGAAGGAAAAUCAGUAACACCCUCCAAUUGGCUUCAUUAAUUAGAUCAUAGUUUGUAUUGUAAUUUCACCAUCAUUUUCAUUUUCGUUUUCUUUUUCAUGAUUUCAACCUUAGCCUGUUUCUAUAUAGAAAAACCAUAAGAGCAUUAUGUAAGAAAUCUUAAUGGAAUCAGAAGAAACAUGAGCUCAAGUGUUGGCCAAAUGUAUUCCUCUACCGAUGUAAUUAUCUAAGCUCAAGUCUUGAUUGGUAGAAUUCAAGCAGAGUGU